UUCAUUUCGUAUUUUAUAUAUCUCUCUCCACUUUCCCCUUUUCUAUUUGCAUUUGCCCUUUCUUUCUUCCCCCCAUCUGUCUAUUUGCCUGUGCCUGUGUCCGUUCGAGAUUAACACACAGGCAUUCCAACAAACACAAGCACGAAAAUGGCUACUACUGGUGGAGUAAAGGGGAGGAAGAGAGUGGAGGCCUCUUCGGAGCCCCAGACUGCCGCUUCUCUCCUUCGCGCCAAAGAUGGCAGCGCUUUUGCUCGAUGUGAAGAGUGCAACAAGAAUGUUCCAGUGGCUCUCAUAAGCAUGCACAGUUGCAGCCUCGAAGCCAAAAUCAAACUUAAUCUCGAGGCUCAACUCGUGGAGAUGUCCACUGAAUCCAAAAAAAAGCCUGCAGACAGGAAGAAAUUAGGUACAACAGGACCUAAGGCAAAGAAAGCAAAAACUGAGAAGAAGGUGAAGAAGGGCAAGGAUCCAAGCAUGCCCAAGCGCCCUCCCACUGCCUUCUUUCUCUUCAUGGAUGACUUUAGAAAGGCCUAUAAGGAAGCACAUCCCGAUUCCAAGGACGUCAAAGUGGUUGCAAAGGAGGGUGGAGAGAAGUGGAGAAACUUGACUGAAGAAGAGAAGAAAGUUUAUCAGGAUAAAGCUUCUGAUCUUAAGAUGGAGUAUGCAAAGGCCUUGGAGAGUCAUAAUGCUGAAGAUGAAGAUGGUGAUAGAGGUUCAGAGAAGGAAGUGGAGGGAGCAUCUGAUGGAGAGUAGGGCAUGUUGAAUUUUCAUCUGUGAUGAUUGGUUCUGGUCCAUUGUAAAUUUUUAGAACUGGUUUUGUCUAAUAGUUGGAGUGUAGAUGUUAGAAGCUUUCUCAAGGGAAAAUAGUGUUUCUUGGUUUGGGGCACCAUUUGUAUUCUUCUCAGAAUGCUAAUUGUUGGUAAACUUGCCAAGUAUCUGGCCUAAGUCACUUUCUUGUUAUUCUUAUAGU